AUUACAUUACAAAAGGCAGCUGAACGCAAUGGUUGUAGGCGAUAGUAAGUUACAAUUUAUUAAUAACAAAAUUUUCCAUAUCCCCACUAUUCUAUUUGACGUCGAGCCCUCGCCGGCCGGUCAUUCAUAUGGAGAUGACGUGUCUGCUUUUUACUCGGAAAAUCUUUCUGACGUUAACCGAAUAUCUUUGCGGAUUCUUCACAUCUAUUCUGGUUAAACGUGUUGAAAGACAACAUGGCUCUCACGGGCCUAAGAGUACUUCUUGACGCAAUUUGUUGGCGAGUUGAAUUUAUUUUUACUGAGAGUGAGAAGGGGAGAGGGCUGAGGAGGAGUCGAGGGCCGAGGGACGCGUACUCGAGCGGCUCGCGGUGCUAGAGGCUGGAGCGGGCGUUGGCAAGGUGCCCGCGCCGCCGCCAGUUCCCUGAGCGCCGGCCCGCCCGCCGCCUGCGCCGCGCUCGACUGCCACCGCUGCGUCCAGCGACCAGCACCCACCCACCCAUAAUCCACAAUCUCAUUACGAUUAAGAAAACUCGUACGCGAUUAUAAAGUUUCUAUAAUACUUAACGACAAAGCGCCGAACACUUCGAAUCGAUUACUGACGCCCAGUUCAGAGCCGUCGAUUUAGGUCGCCCGGUUCGGAGCGAGCGAGAUAUUUUUAUGGCCGGAGUGCGGUGCAGACUUGCCGAGUUACGAGAGUAUUGGUCGUGUCGCUCGUAUGAAUUAUUAUAACAACGUAGAAUCGUAAAACUCAUUCCAUAAACAAUAUCGAGUGAUGUGCAUUGAGCACAAAGCGAUUUGGCCUUCAUGAAAUUUUACGGUAUGAUGGAAGGCAGAUGUGAAUGAAUCGAUGUUGUAAUAUUAGCAUUUAGGCGGAAAUUGUUGACAUUUGUGUAUUGCAUUUGCUAGUGGUUUGUUUGUGAGCGUGUUGCGAUGCAUCAUCUGUACCCGCUGGCGAAGGGCGACCCGCUGUGUCCGCUGGGCUUCCAUCCUCAAGUGCGGUGGCCCACGCGGUGCAAGCGCUGCUUCCGCGACUACAAAGAGCACGGCGGCCGAAAGAAGGAGGAUGACUUCACUUCAUCCACUCCGAGCCUCUCCUCGUGGAACUCGCCGUCGUCACGGGGUCGUGACGAUGAAAGCGCAGAGGUGGGGAAGGCAGCGCGCGGCUGGGCUUCUAGCUCAAAUCUCAGCACAGACUCGGCCAAGAAGGACGCCUUCUCCACGGGGUUCAGUAGAACCAGCACUACGUGGACGUCGACUCCCGACUUGGCUUCAGAGGGCGACACUACCACCGCUGUUACAGUCAGCCUCAAAUUGCCUAAACGAAGAAGUACAGGGCCCCUGCCGUCAUUGGACACGGGCCAGAAUACAGAAACAGUAACAGUUCGGCGACCGUCCGCGUCCCCGCCCCCGCCGGCCGUGCACUCCUCUGCCGUGAUCACUAUCAACAAAAACGACUCCCUCGCUGAGCGGGUGCGAAAGAUGCAGUUAAUGAAAGCACAAAGUAGUUUCGACAAAGAGUCAAGUAUUGAGAAAGAAAGGGAAAGACGAAGUACGUCGAGAAGUAAAGAGGAAGAAAAACCCACCAGACAAAAAGAAGAAAGAAGUAGUGUAAAAGAGGACGUUAACUUUUUGAUGCAGGUAAAAAGCAAUCGCCCUAAUACAAAUUCCAAACCUCCGAAACGCGGAGGUCCCACACGUGAUAAAGAAGAUACUUCCGACGAUGAAGCUAGUACGGUCGGUACUGUUACCACUGACACUGAAACAACUCUAAUUGAUCCCAACAUCAAAGAUUACCAGGAUCAAAUCGAAAGCUUGAAAGGGGAAGUAGACCUAUUAAGGAAACGAUGUGAGCGAGUAGAAAAGGAGAAAAGUGAUAUUCUUCUUCGAAGGUUAGCAAACAUCGACACUACUAAUAAAUAUUCCACUGGUCGAUCGUCAGAAGUGUUAAAGUUACAGCAAAAAGUAAAUGAGUUAACCGCGCAAAAUGAAGAUCUUAGAGAUGAGAAGAAACAUUUAAAUCUAAAAAUUAAAGAAAUGGAAGCCGAAAUUGAAUCACGGCCAUCAAUUGAAUCACAAACGCGGCAAAUAGAACAACUUAGAGCGAAAUUAUUAGCAGCUGAAACUUUGUGCGAAGAAUUGAUGGAUGAGAAUGAAGAUAUGAAGAAGGAAUUACGUGACUUAGAAGAAGAAAUCGAAGAGAUGCAAGACAAUUUUAGGGAAGACCAAGCAGACGAAUAUUCGUCCCUUAGAAGAGAAUUAGAACAAACAAUAAAGAAUUGCAGAGUUUUAUCAUUUAAGUUAAAAAAGACUGAAAGAAGAGCUGAACAGCUUGAGCAAGAAAAGGCUGAUCAGGAAAAAAAGCUUUUAGAAAUAGUAGGGGGCACAGAAGGCCUUCAGCGUGAAAAUCGCAUUAAGGAACUUGAAAAGGAAGUCUCACGUUCAAACGAAGUAGCUUUACGUCUACAACGGGAACUCGCAGAAGCAAAUACUAAACUGGCCGCAGCAUCAGGUGCCCCGCCCGCGAAUGUGAAGAAGCAGGCUUUAAAUGAUGGAAAAGUAUCGCGGUCGUCACUAACACGUGGCGGCAGUCAAGAAGAUCCGGCGCAGUUACUGCGUGACUUACAAGAUUCUCUCGAGCGAGAAGCAGACUUAAGAGAACAAUUGAAAAAUGCUGAAGAAGAGGCUAGUCGUUAUCGACGACGGUUCGCCGGAAAACAGACGUUACCGCUACUGAAAGAUGCAUCAUCGUCAGCGCUUCACCUCACUACUAAUCUUGCUGCCAAUGACGUAGAUGACAAAACUAUUAAGCGAAUACUAGACAUGCAACACAUAUUAGAGAAAAAAUUAACCUCUUUGGAUAUAAGUAAAUUAACAAUCGGUGUUAACCAAAGUAUACAGUCACCUCAAGAUUUUAUAACAACAUUUUCGGAAGGGUGUCAAACCGAUACGGUAAUGCGUCAUGAAGUAGCUACUGAUACUAAAAAAAUAACUCUAGAUUCUUGUUUACAAAUAAAUAUUCAGCGUUCGGAUAUGUGUUCACAAACAGACAUUGGUUUUAAUAAAAACAAGAUAACGCAAACAGAUUUUAUCCUCUCAAAUUCUUACGCGCAAACAAUUAAAAGGAAAACUAGAGACAGUGUUGCACAAACGUAUAAUAUAUAUAAAGAUAAAUGCGUUGAAAUAAAAAAUGAAGAUAUUGUACAAAAACAAACUAACAACCAAACGUUUGAUGAAAAAGGAACUUUAACUGAAAUACACGGUAUACCCAUUCCAAAUGAAAUUGAAAACAACACAUUUGAAGACAUAAGUAAAAAAAGUUGGGUUAAAUCUGAUAGUCCACCUCUUUCUUCUGAUAAAUCGGCAGCUGGCCCUUCAAACCAAAUACAAUUUCCUUUUGCUUUAUUUAAUCCAUUGGCAGCAAGGUUACCUAUUGUAGGUCGGAAGCUGUCCCCAACUCCUCCUACCAAUAAACUUGCUAUUGAGGCCCCUAAUGAAAAAGACGAGGGUAUAUCUGAUGAAGAGGAUCCAGCUGAGUUAAGACUUCUACUAGAACUUAACGAACAGGAAGCAGCUGUUUUACGAAAGAAAGUAGAAGAAUUAGAAAUCGAUAGAGAUUCGUUAAAAAAACAAGUUAAAGAACUAACAGAAAAAAAAUCUAGUGUUAAUACUAAACCAAAUGUUCAAUCUACAGUUACCUUACGUAGAAAUACUGCGAAAAACAGUAACUUAGCCGAAGAAAAAGUUAAGGUACUUGAAGAUGAAAUAGCUGAAUUAACAAAAAAACUCAUAGAAAAGGAACGGGAUUGUGAAAGAUUACAUGCCGAGCUAAGCUUAACUCAAAAGAAACCAAAAGCGUCAUUGAUAAAAAGCAAGUCCCUAGAUGCAAGUGAUCAACAGAAUGUAGAUUUAAAACGACAACUGCAAGUAAUAGAGCAAGAAGCAAACGUUCUCAGGGCAAAAACUCAAAGCUUAGAGGCUGACAAUGAAAAGUUACAAGCUGAAAAUAAAAAGUUACAGCUGCUCAAAAAUACAAAAACAUUAAGAACAGAUAAAUCACUCGAGUUGAACGCAAACAAAAUUAGUAAAUUAGAAACUGAGCUUAAGGAAGCAUUAGUAAAAAUUAAAGAACUAGAAAGUAACAAAGAUAAGGAAGAAAAAACUGAAAAGAAAGUUCGAUUUGGCGAGACAGCUAAAAAGGAUAACGAUAUACUUAAAACGAAACAAGAUGAACUAGAUAAACUGAAACUUAACUUUAGUAAGUUAGAGAAGGAGAAAUUAAAACUGCAAACCACUUUGAAGGAGUUAAAAGAUGAAGCCCUGAAAACGUUUAAGCCUAGGUCUCCAAAAAAGGUGACUGAUAUCACAACUAAACUACAAAUGAAGAAAAUGGUCGAGGAACUCGAAAGUGAAAUAGGUGGGUUAUACGUUAUUAUGAAGAAUGCCGGACUAUCUUCUCAAGAAAUAAAUUCUAAGGGGCAGUUGGAAAAAGAUAUUGAAAAUAUUAAGUCAAAGCUGACAAAAAGCGAAACAGAGUUUACCAAUGAAAAAAAUCGAUUACAGAAUGAAAUAGUAAAACUUAAAGAUUUAAAUUCUAACCUAGAAACAGAGAAAAAAUCUAUCGCUGACAAAUGCAAAUCUUUAGAAUCUAAUUAUAGUAACGUGACAAAUGAUUGUAAAUCAGUAACUGAAGAGAAAAAGAACUUGGAAACUCAGAUAGCUAAAUUAAAUUCAGAUAUCAAAAAAAAUAGUUCACAACAAAUAGCUAUGUCAGACUGCAUGAAGAAAAUUGAAGAACUCAAGAAGGAAAUGGAUGUGAAAGAUAAGGAAAUAGAAAAAUUAAAAAAACAAGUAGAUGCUAUGACUAAAAUGGAACAAGAUAAGAGUAAAUUGCUAAAAGAGGUAGGUGACAAAACUAAAAAAAUUGUUGAACUAGAAAAAAAACUAAAAGAAGCAGAAGACAAGUGCAAGCGGAAUGAAAAAGUGCUUGCCACGCGAAAAGAGAAAGUUGCGAAACUAGAAAAAGAGCUUUCUGAAGAAAAAGAGCAAGCUGAAGCAUUAGUCAAUACACAACGACGAAUGUCUGUUGACUUUACAAGUGAAAAAGAUGGUAUACAAACGAAACUCUUAAAGUCUGAAAGUAAAUUAAUUACUUUAGAAUCAGACAUGAAAGAAAUGAAGUCAGAUUAUGAAAAUAAAAUUUCUAACUUGGAAUCUACUAUAUCCGCCAAGGACAUUCAUAUAAAACAACUGGAAGACGUCUUACGGGAAACAUCCAAUCAAAAAUAUGACGAAGCUAUAUCAUCAGUCGAAAUGGCUCAACUCAAAGAAAAAUAUGAUAAAAUUACUACAGAAUUCGCCGAAAAGGAAGAGGAAUUAACAUCUGUUAAAACAGAACUCAGUAAUAAUGAAAAAACUUUGACUUCUGUUAAAACAGAAGUAGCGCAGCUUAAGUCUGAUAUAACUAAAUAUGAAAAUGAGAAAAAAGACCUUGAAAAUAAAUUAAAAACAGAGAAAAAAGAAAGUACCUAUUGGGAACACAAAGCAUCGGAGUCUGAUACUGAUUUGCAGGCGGAAAGAAAAAAAUUAGAUCGUAUGCGAGCUAAUCACGACAAGGAUAUAAAAAAUAAAGAAGCAGAAUUGGCAACCCUUAAAGGUAAACUAAAAGUCUUGGAGCAAACUUCUGGCGCUGGCGCUAAAAGACUAACAGAACUUAAACAAGAGCACGAGGAGACAGUUAAAAAAUUAGAACACGCAUUAGCUGUUGAAAAGGCUGAAUACGAAGAAUUAACAGGUAAAUACGAAUUAUUAGAGGAAGAACAUGUGGUCACUAAAGCAAAGCUUACAGUUGAAAAAGAGAAAGCGCAGAGUGACCUGAUGCAAGUACAAAAAGAAUUAAACAAAACUUUAGAAGAGCUUAAAUCGUUGCAAGAUAAUUAUGAAAGUGAAUCGACUAAAUCAAAGAAAGAAAAGUCUGACUUACAGAAAGAGAUUUCGUCGUUACAAGAACGUUUAUGUGGCGGAGGAUGGGAAGUAGAGAAAGCUAGGCUAACGGCACGACUUGAUCAAGUUGAACGUGAGUUACGAUCGGCCAAGGAAGAACAUGAAGUACUCUCUCAUCACCAUGAUGUCACAAAGAAAGAAUUGGAAGAGGCUAGAAAGAAACUCGACGAUUACGAGAAAGUAAGUAAAGUUCACAGAACAUUGUCAGCAGAUAAUGUAGAAUUAGAAAGAGAACUUGCUGCAUUGAAUACUAGAUUAGAACAAGCAGAAAAGGCGAGGAAAAACGAGAUAGCAGAAACCAAAACACGUUAUGAAGCACAACUGAACACAAUGAGAGAUGAGCUGAAAUCAUUACAUAACCAGGUAUCAAGAUUUAGGCGAGAACGCGAUAAUUAUAAACAAAUGUUAGAUUCAGCUCAGAAAUUAAUGACCGAGAAGAAAAACGGUGAUAAAAGAACACAAAGAAAUUCAAUAUCGAGCACCGAUGAGGAAGAAUAUCGCAAUAGAGUGGCCAUACUAGAACAGCAACUGGCGUGCGCGGAAGAUGAGUUAUGCGAGGCCCGCCUCCUUUCAUCUAAGCUUAAUACAGAGCUUAUCAGCGAAAGAUCCACCGCCGAAGUCCGCCUCGCUGAAAUGCAGUCCAGACUUAAUGAGAACGAAGAAGACCGGCUGUUGUCAUCAGGACGGGCUCGCGUGGCAGGUCUAGCUACGCGCAUGGAGCUGGCUUGGCACAAAGAACGCGACGAACAGCAACGUUUAUUGCACGAAACUUCCACUCUGGCUAGGGACCUGAGGCAAACACUGUUUGAGGUAGAACGAGAAAGAGACAAGGAGAAGUUAGAUAUGAAGAGAAGAAUUGAUCAGUUAAAGAGGACUACGGAGGAAGAAACAGAAGAGGCCAAGAAAAAGGUGACGGAGUUACAAUGCGAUCUAUUAGAGCUACGGGACGCGCACGCUAAGCUGCGUACGGCCAAUGAGAAGCUACGUAGAGACAAGGAGCGUCACGACCGCGAUCGCGACCAGAACAAGUUGCUCGUUGUAUCUCUCAAGCGCUCACAACAGGCAAACGAUAGGGUGAUAACACAGUUGUUAGAAACAAUUGAUGAUCUAAUGAAACAGAGUCCAGAUCUUUUCCGAAAUGAGCCAGCUGUAAAACCAGAGAAGAAUCUUAUGACACCAACUCCACCAAGACGGAAUAGGUCAUCCAAAUCCCGCUCCCGUUCGGGAACCCCAGAGAACAUGGAAGCGCGCGCGGCGAGUGACGCGGCCGCGACUGCAGCGCGUCUGCGUCGCCUCACGGACGAGCUACGCGCGUCUCGCAUCGCUGAACGACAACGCAGACAGCAGGCGAACCCUAGACGGGCGAUGUCUACGGAGCCUCGUGACACACUAUCUGUAACGCCGACUUCACGGGCGCCUUCCCGUGUACCAUCGCUGAAAAAACGAUCCAUAUCCCUAGAACAAACUACUAAAGAACAGAACGCAAUUUGGAAGAUAGUUGAUGAUAGCAGCGUGUCGUCUAUGCAGUCAUUGGAUGGUGAUUCAGAUCUGCGCCUGUUCACGAUGCAACGAGACACAAGCUUGGACAGUCGUUUAUCUGGUGGAUCUGCCCAAAGUGAAGUAUUGCCUUCAGAGAAGAAGAAAAAGAAAGGUCUUUUUGGUAAACUGAAGAACCUCACCAAAUCGCGCUCCAUCGACGAUCACGUGGAUACCGAGGACUUUAGACCAAUCGGCACUGUAUCACAGGGUUCAGAUUCUGAUAUGAGCGCAGCUGGCAGCAAGCGCGACCUGCGCGGCCGACUGUCGGGAAUGUUUAGCAGAAAGCAGCCCAGCCGGGCCAAUAGCAAAGAACUGAGUCCAGAGCGGCCGGCUAGCGCGGCGGGCAGCACGGCGGGCGCCGGAGCCACAAAGCCGAUCUUGCGCAAUGCCAGUGCCACCACUCUGUCGCGGACUUUGACUAAACCGAAUGAAUCCACCGCAAGGUCGGCGAGCGUCACCCCAGCCACUAUCAGGAAGGGGAAAUAACUGAAAACAAUUUAA